UGGGCACAGGUGGGUGCAUUGCUGGGCACAGGUGGGCGCACUGCUGGGCACAGGUGGGUGCAUUGCUGGGCACAGGUGGGUGCAUUGCUGGGCACAGGUGGGUGCAUUGCUGGGCACAGGUGGGCACACUGCUGGGCACAGGUGGGUGCAUUGCUGGGCACAGGUGGGCUGAACUUGUGUGUGGCACUGCUGGGCACCGAUCAUCAGGGCACUGAUGAUCAGUGACUCUGAUGAUCGGUGCCGUUCCCUGCUCUGACAACUGCCGGUUUUCGGCAGUACUUUCCUCACGAUCUGACAGCAUGAGGAAAGUGCAGCCGAGAACCGGCAUUUACAU